AUGUCCUCAAAUCCUCAUGAAACUUUUGUAUUAUCUUUCCAUGAAAAAGUCAAAAAUGAGCCAAACACAAUGUCCGACAAUAUAGCCCCCGAGGCCAACGAUGACCACACCUAUCCAUCUUCUGGAGAUCCUCAGUUUCAACGCCCAGGUUUCCAGUCUGAGUUUAGUCCUCAUUUUCAUCUGUCACCGACAUCUCCGAAACAUUCGAUCCCCUCGGAUCCACCGCAGUUCGACAACUUUUCAUUUCUGAUUGACCAAAGACCUCCACAUCCUCACCUGAGCCAUGGUCAACCCAUCCAUACUUCCUUUCCUAUCCAGGACCACUAUUCUAGCCACAUUCAUGGUCCACCACUUCCGGCCGAUCCUCAACAUGACCCUAAUUCUUCCAGGACUGGCUCUCAUUCCUCUGCACCGUCUCUGCGCCAGCAGCACGUUCUACCAAUGGUGCCCCCAAGACAGAUGCUUGGUUAUCCGCAGCAUUUCUCCCUGACGAGUUCACUUCCUCAUUCACAAGAAAGCCUUUUGCAAGCACCAAUAAUACCACCUCAAGUUUACAUGCCUCAGCCCAUACCCUCGGACGUGCAUCCUCUAGGGGAACUUGGCCCAGAUCACUUCUAUGAAUGCCCUUCGUCCGAUAUGUACCCGCCCCAUGCCUACCCUGCAGAACUCACUCCCGUUGAUCAUAAUAGAGGGGUUCCACUACUGGAAGAUGACCACUUUCUGCCACCUAAAUUCAAUUUUGGCCGUGCUUUGCUGCUCGACAACGAAUUCACCUCAACAUACAGCUCUAAUGAUCCGUCACCAUAUGCCAUGGCCUCCGAUGACGCCGAUUUCUCAGCUACCGCUCCUGUCCCAUCCGAGAAAGAACCAGAACUGUCCAAGGUCUCCAACCAAACUUCUCCGCUGCCACUGGCUCUGCCACAACUGAAUCUGCCAGUACUAACUGGACCUCUGGGAAGAAGAGCUCCAGAACGAAAAAAACGAAAUUCGGUUCCUACCGGGGAAGCCGCGGCUCGAAGCCGAUGUCCCAUAUGUAAAAAACAAUUCAAGCGGCCUUCCUCGAUGCAAACUCACAUUUAUUCACAUACUGGGCAAAAAUGCUUUAAAUGUCCAUGGGAAGGUUGUGGACGAGAAUUCAACGUCAAGUCCAAUAUGACACGCCACUAUAAACUCCAUGAGAGGGACGAGAGACGAAGCACUUGA